AUGGAGCAGUACUCGCGGAGGAACUGUCUGGAGAUCCAGGGAAUUCCCGAAGAAAAAAAUGAAAAUGUUCUGGAUAUUGUCAAGGACGUUGGUCGCGCACUGGGCAUGGAUGUCAGCGAGGAGAUGAUAGGCACUUGCCACAGAUUGGGCCAGAAAGACAGCGGUUAUAGAGGACCACGAGGUAUCAUCGUGAAGUUCGUCCGUCGUCUGGACAGGGAGGCGCUCCUGCAGAAGAGACGUGAGAGGAAGAAGGACUUUUCCACUCGUCACCUUAGUCUUGACAGGCCGUCGGACGUUCCCGUGUACUUGAACGAGUCUCUGUCACCGAUGAGGAGGAAGCUGCUGGCCAAGGCGAGGAUGCUCAAGAGGGACCGCGGCUACAAGUACAUCUGGCUGCGCAACGGCAACAUCCUGCUGCGUAAGGAAGAAGGAUCUGCUGUAAUUCAAAUUAAAACCCAGGCUGACCUUGAUAAGUUGUAG